AUGUCCCAUUUUUCACCUUUUAUCUUUAUUUUUAUUUGUUUAUCUUGUCUAGUGGUUAUUUCUCAUGCAAUAAAUAAUGGUUUUAGUGUUGAACUCAUUCACCGUGAUUCUUUCAAAUCACCACUUUACAAUCCCACACAAAUUAAAUUCCAAAGAAAUUUCAAUGUAAUGCAUCGGUCUAUCAGUCGUGCUAAUUAUUUCUAUAAAAAACUGUCUUCUCCUAAAAACAAACUUCAGUUAUAUUUGCCUUCUGAUAGCGCCGAAUAUCUCAUGGGUUAUUCAAUUGGCACCCCACCAUUUAAGGUUUAUGGAAUUUUAGAUACCGGUAGUAAUUUAAUUUGGCUUCAAUGCAAACCUUGUAAUUUAUGUUACAACCAAACCUCUCCUAUUUUUGAACCUUCAAAAUCUUCGAGUUACAAAAAUAUUAAAUGCUCUUCUAGAAUAUGUAAGUCUAUGGAAGAUACUUCUUGUUCUUAUGGUAGAGAUGUUUGCCAAUAUAAAUUGGAUUAUGGUCAUGGAUCAAAUACACAUGGAGAUCUUAGUGUAGAGACGUUGACAUUGGAUUCUGUCUCCGGAUCUUUUGUCUCAUUUCCUAAAAUUGUUAUAGGAUGUGGACAUAAUAAUGGUGAACCAAUGUAUAAUGGUCCAAGUUCAGGUGUAAUUGGCUUUGGAAGUGGAGAUACGUCACUAAUAAAACAAUUAGGAUCUUCAUUUGGGAAAAAAUUCUCAUAUUGUUUAAUUUAUGAGUACAAUAAGAAGGUUAAUAGAUCUAGCAAACUCAAUUUUGGAGAAAAUGCUAUUGUUACCGGUGAUAAUGUUGUUUCAACUCCUAUAGCCAAAAUGAAAGACUAUUACUUCCUAACUAUGAAAGCAUUUAGUGUGGGAACUAAAAGAAUAAAGUAUAAAGGAUUUAAACGUGAAGGAACAAAUGCUUCUACCCAUAAUAUCAUAAUUGACUCUGGUACACCCGCAUCUAUUCUUCCACACCGUGUUUACUAUAGGAUGAAAUCAGCGGUGAAAAAAAUGGUUAAAUUACCGCGUUUUCAUGAUCACACAGAAACAUUCCCCCUUUGUUACAAUACCACAUCCAAACAAAAAUUUCCACCAAUUACUGCACAUUUUAAAGGAGCAAACGUUAAGUUACAUUCUGAGGGAACCUUCUUUUCCCUAUAUAAAGGGGUUGAAUGCUUUGCAUUUCGCCCACAUAAAAAUGGAUUAGGUAUCUUUGGAAACAUGGCACAAGUGAAUUAUUUGGUUGGUUAUGACCUCAACAAAAACAUUGUCUCUUUCAAGCCUACUGAUUGUAUGAACUAUUAA